AGCCUUGGCCUGGCCAGAUGGGGCCGCCGCCGCCGCCGCUCAGCCGCUGCGCCUCGCCGGAGAGGAGCCCCCGGGAGGAUCGGGGUCCGCCCAGCGUCCCGGUGCCCGUUUCGGAGCAGCGGGGUCCGCCCUGCUGGUGCGCAGCCCGGCCGGGCCGCCGGGUCCCGCGGGCGCCGCCAGCGUCCGGGCUUGGCCGCCUCCCCGCCCUGGAAACCGGUUGCCCGAGGAGACGGCCCGCGCGCGCCCGCCGGGUCCCGCGCCGCAGCCUCGCUCCCCGCCGCUGCGGGUCCGAGCGCGCCCGGGGCUCCGGCAUGAGCCGCGGCGGCUCCUCGGGCUCCAGGAGCCUGGACCGGACCAGCGACGCCGCCUUCGGUGCCUCGUCGCCCGCGCCCGAGUGGGAACCCUAUCAGGGAACUUAUGAUCAUCUUUUGGAAGUCCCCGUCACUCGGGAGCAAUUAAACCACUAUCGGAAUGUGGCUGAAAAUGCUCGAAGUGACCUUGCAGCAACUUUGGUCAAAUUCGAAUGUGCUCAGUCUGAGCUUCGAGAUCUCCGAUCCAAGAUGCUUUCGAAAGAAGUUUCCUGUCAAGAAUUGAAAGCUGAAGUGGAAAACUACAAAGAAAACAAUGCCAGGAAAUCGUCUCUCCUCACCUCUCUGAGAGACAGAGUUCAGGAGCUAGAAGAAGACUCAGCAGCACUCUCCUCCUCUAAAAUUAGGACAGAAAUCACGGCUCACACCGCAAUCAAGGAGAACCGGGAGUUAAAGAAGACAGUGGCAGAACUCGAUGAAAAAUUACAAAAGUGUUUAAAGGAAAAUGAGAAGAAUAUGAAUCAAAUCUCAAUGAAUUGCAGGAAACGUGAGGAAUUUCUAGCGCAACUUCAUGACUGCUUAGAUCCAAACAAGGAAAAUGGAGCGGCGUCAGAAGAAGACUUCGUUCUGAAGCUUAGAGAGCUGUGCAAGGAAAAUGCAUUCAUGAAAGGACAAAUUGUUACUCUUGAAGAGACUAUAAAUGUCCAUGAGAUGGAGGCAAAAGCUAGCAGAGAAACGAUCCUGAGGCUGGUUUCAGAAGUAAACAGAGAGCAGAAAAAAGCGGCCUCCUGUAUUGAAGAGAAAGAUAAGCUGAACCAGGACUUGCUCAGUGCUGUGGAGGCGAAAGAAGCUCUGGAAAGGGAAGUUAAGAUCUUCCAAGAAAGGCUGCUUGCUGGCCAGCGGGUCUGGGAGGCCUCGAAGCAGGAGCUGAGCCUGUUGAAGAAAAGUUCCUGCGAACUGGAGAAGAGUUUGAAGGCCAGUGUGGAUGCAGCCGCGGCCUCCCAAAGCCAGCGCUCCUCAUUCAGGGAGAAAAUCGCAGCCCUCCUUAAGGGUAGCAUGGGCCUGACGAGGUCCACCGAGGACGCCAUCCUGGAGGGGAUUCGAGAAAUGGGCAGCCAGGAAGAGAGCAGGAAAAGGAUGGUCUCCCAGCUUGAAGCCCAAAUAUCGGAGCUUGUUGAACAGUUGGGAAAUGAGUCUGGGUUUCACCAGAAAGCUCUACAGAGAGCCGAGAAAGCCGAAGACAAGCUGGAAGCUCUUCAGGGUCAGCUGACACAUUUGGAGGGAGAGCUGAUUUCUGGAGAUGUUUUGAGAGACAACUUGACGUUUGAGAAACAAAAAUAUCUUAAAUUUCUGGAUCAGCUCUCAGAGAAGAUGAAACUGGACCAGAUGGCUGCUGAACUUGGCUCUGACAUGCGUCUGGAUGUAGUUUUAGCUCGCGCAGAGCAGCUGGUCCGCCUCGAGAGCAAUGCAGUCCUUGAAACCAAGACUAUCGCCCACAAUUUACAGAGAAAGCUAAAGACUCAGAAAGAAAGACUGGAGAGCAAAGAAUUGCACAUGAACCUGCUCCGGCAGAAAAUAGCCCAGCUGGAGAAAGAGAGGCAGGUGCGGACGGCCCUGGCCGCGGAGAGGGACGAGGCCAAUGUGACCAUAAGGAAGUUACAGAAGAAGGUGGAGAGGCUGCAGAAAGAGCUGAGCGUGUGUCAAGAACUGAACACUCAGCUUAAAGCCAAGCUGGCUGACACCAGUGAGCUCAAGAUUAAAGCUUUGGAACAGACCAAAGCUAUUGAAGACUUAAAUAAAUCGAGAGACAAACUGGAGAAGAUGAAGGAGAAAGCUGAGAAAAAGCUAAUGUCUGUUAAGUCAGAACUGGAUACUACAGAGCAUGAGGCUAAAGAGGAUAAAGAGAGGGCCAGGAACAUGAUCGAAGCGAUAACCGGUGAAAUGAAGACCCUAAAAAAGUCUCUGGAAGAAGCAGAAAAGAGAGAAAAGCAGCUGGUAGACUUCAGAGAGGUGGUUUCCCAGAUGCUGGGCUUGAACCUGACCAGCCUCGCUCUUCCUGACUAUGAAAUCAUCAAAUGUCUUGAAAGACUGAUCCAUUCACAUCAGCAUCACUUUGUCACCUGUGCCUGCCUCAAAGAUGUGACUACCAGGCGAGACAGGCACUUGAAAGACCACUUGAAACUUCUUCAUUGAACGCUACAUCUCUUGAGGGAGGUGAAGCUAAGAGAUGGCACGCAGUUCUCUAUUUCACAAAUUCCCCUAACCUUUGAAAUUGGAUCUGUGUGUGAAUAUUGUAUACUUUGAUGACAGAGCAGACUCCAUCAUUGGCAAAAAGAGAUCCUAAAGGUGCCUGUCGUAGGUAAAUGUACGGCACUAAAAACACUAUUAUUUCAUUUGCUAGCACUUUAGGAUCCAGAAGAAUUCCUUGAGAUCGUGUAUCUAGAGUGGGAAAUGGCAGUAGGGAAUUAACUUUUAUAGGGCAUCUUUUAUGAGUCAGAGGCUUUACUACCCAAUUUAAUUCUCAUAAUAUCCACAUGGAUAAGCUUUAAUGUUUUUAUGUUACAACCUCUUUGGGGCUCAGAGAGGGUGUUAUCUCUCUGAGAUUGCAGUUGGUGAGUGACAGAAUGUAUACUACGUUGGCUCAACAUCAAAGGCUGUGCUUUCUCUACUACUCCACAGCCCUCCGGUUUCCCCUGAAUCUCUGUGGUUCUGGUGGAAAUUGACUGCACGAAGGAAGGAAAACAUCCAUACAAUCAAGAAUUGAAGUCUGAAAGUAACUAAGAUUUAUGAGGGUAACCAAUAUGAUUUCUUUAAAAAGCAAUACACCAAAUAUUUGGAUAAAACAUACAUGGUUCUGAGAUCCUGUAAGAAACUUACCUGUUUUAAAUGUUCCUACCAGAGCACGUUUGGUGGUAAUUCUUAAUGUUUCAACAAGACUGGUCUCAGUACUUCAAAAAUGAGACCUUUAACGUGAAACCUAUGAGACAAAGAAAUCUUACACACUUUCAUUCACCAAUAUAUCAAAUGCUCUCACAGCAAGGGUCCUUUUCCAGGAUCAGGGUUUUAUUAAGAAUUACUGUCAUUUUCUGCCUUCCUUUUAAAUUUGUAUUUCACAGAUAUUUUUCAGGAAACAAGAUUCUUCACCGAGAAAAGCGUGUUACUCUUUUGGCUGGUUAUCUGAUUUCUGCCAUACGAAAUUUUUCUGUAUAGUCCCUUAAAAAAAGCAUUGGUGUCUGAUUAAAGAAGAGGGGAAAAAUAGGUGGUACCCAAACAUUAAGAGAAAAUGAACGAGUGUGUCACUUACAGCUUGGGUAACAGACCACGCAGAGGAAGAAUGACCGAGGAUCUCCACUGCGGGGUGGGUCAGCUUUGCCUGGCUUUCUCCUUCGUGAGCAAGGACAGUAUGAAGUCGCAUUUUGCAACUGAGCAAAUACACCCACACAACGCUGCCUGAGGACGCAAGCUAGGUCUGCACCAGGCGGCAGAGGCAGCCUCGUGUUUUCCCAGAGGAAGGCCUGCAGUCUCUGGAGGGUCCCUCAUAUGCUUCACAGAUGCAGUGGCUUCCGCUCUGGACCCACACUCACCCAGAGAGGAGGAAGUGACUUCACUGUUUGGGUCUCUGGAGGCUAAGUCGCUCUCCUUUGCUCAGGUCAUAGAAGAGGGGUCCGAUGGUGGGGGGAUUAUUUCUGUGCAUUCUCUCUGUUUUCAUUGUCCAAAUACAAUCUUUAAUGAACUUCUUUUAUUUUUCUCUGUAAAUUUAUUUUUGACACCAUUCAAAGAUGCUUUUCACAGCAUUACUUUAAAAACAUACACUAUCAUAAUAUUAUUUUUCCAUUUUUGAGUUAUUACAUCUCUAGAUUCACAUAAGAGAUUAGAAAUGGUCCAUAGUGGUUAGUACUACACUUUCUCUUUAUUAUCCAAAAUUACAUUCCAUUUAUCUUAAUAUAAGUUUAUAUAAUAUUUCCAAUAUAUGACAAGCAUAUAUAUAAUAAUCUUUAAUACACACAGAAAUAUUAAAAAUGUUUGAAUAUAAUCCCUAGGGAUUUUGAUAGGGAAGACUAUAUGGGCUAAGAAAAAUAAAUUGUGUCCAUGUAUAUGGUCCAUAUGCACGCUAACUAACUAUUUGACAUUUGGACAAAUUGGCAAUCCCUUAAUAAGUCCAUUUCCCUCUUUGCUGAAGUGCCAGUUGCUUAUUGGCUUUCCCUCUGCAGCAUUCAUUCCAGACUUGGCAGGCCAGCUUCACAUUUUUAUGUUAGAUUUUGUUCUGCCAUAAUACCCAUGUAUAUUUUAUGUUGCCCAAUAAAAUGUGUUAGAUUGA